AGCCGACGUUAGUUUCUGUAUGCUAAGAUAAUGGCGACCAAAUAAGAGCUGUCAGAUAGGCAAGGGAUACAUGUCCGAAAACGCGCGUUUGUGUUAAACCUCAAGCUAAAAACACAUUACGUUGAUGCGGAAAACGUACACCAGCUUUUUGACCAACUUACAUGGGUAACUGUUAUUUAGCGACGCUGCUUUCACGCCCACGUUUGAUAGUUAACAGUCUGAAGAAGAUUGCGUGAACAUUUACGUUAUUCCGUUGCUAUUACGGAUCUCGUCUCGGUUCCGCUCAGCCGGCAGAGUCUUCGUCGACAGCUGUGUUCGGGGAAAGCUUUUCCAGAAGAGGAUUUUGGGGUUUAUUACGAGGAUUACACCGCAGGAUCAACAUGCUUGAGGACUGUUUUAAGAUAUAAUCACUCCGCCCUCGCUGUGAGAUGUCUCUGGUUUUCCCGCGACCCAAUACCAGUGUGAUCGGCAAGAAGGACAAGCGACUCAUGGCCGAGGUGAACGCCUCCCCGCUUAAACACUUCGUCACCGCCAAGAAGAAGAUCAACGGCAUCUUCGAACAGCUGGGUGCCUAUAUCAAAGAGAGUUCAGCCUUUCUAGAAGAGACUUACAGCAAUGAGGAACUGGAUCCUGUCACUACGGAGGAGCAGGUGGCGGAGGUGCGAGGAUACCUGUCCAAAGUAGCAGGGAUCGGGGAGGUCCUGUCCCGCAGGCACAUGAAGGUGGUCUUCUUUGGCAGGACAAGUAACGGGAAAAGCUCCGUCAUUAACGCCAUGCUCUGGGACAAAGUUCUGCCGUCUGGAAUCGGACACACCACCAACUGCUUCCUGCGAGUGGAAGGGACUGAUGGGAACGAAGCGUUCCUGCUCACCGAGGGCUCGGACGAACGGAAGAGUGUUAAAACGGUGAACCAGUUGGCCCAUGCCUUGCAUCAGGACGAGGAUUUGGACGCGGGCAGUCUGGUGUGCGUCAUGUGGCCGAAAGCGAAGUGUGCGCUGCUGCGUGAUGACCUGGUGCUUGUGGACAGCCCUGGCAUUGACGUCACAACAGAGUUGGACAGCUGGAUCGACAAAUUCUGCCUUGAUGCUGACGUUUUUGUCCUCGUGGCCAAUUCAGAGUCCACUUUAAUGCAAACAGAAAAGUCAUUCUUUCACAAAGUGAACGAGCGCCUCUCCAGCCCCAAUAUCUUCAUCCUGAACAACCGCUGGGACGCCUCCGCUAAUGAGCCCGAGUACAUGGAAGAGGUGAGACGGCAGCACAUGGACCGCUGCACUAGUUUUUUAGUGGAUGAGCUGCGGGUGGUGGAUCGCGCUCAGGCCAGCGACCGGAUCUUCUUCGUCUCCGCUAAAGAAGCUCUUCAGGCGCGUGUCCAGAAAGCCCAGGGAAUGCCUGAAGCAGGUGGUGCUCUGGCCGAAGGUUUCCAAGCAAGGAUGUUUGAGUUCCAGAACUUCGAAAGACGCUUUGAGGAGUGCAUCUCGCAGUCAGCAGUGAAGACCAAGUUCGAGCAGCACACGAUGAGAGCCAAGCUGAUUUCUGAAGCUCUGCGUCUGAUAAUGGACUCUGUGCACAUCGCAGCUCAAGAGCAGAGGAUUCACUGUUUAGAGAUGAAAGAAGAGCGGGAGGACAGGCUGGAGUUCAUUGAUAAACAGCUGGAUCUGCUCACUCUGGACUGCAAGAGCAAAAUCAAGAAGAUCACCGAGGAGGUGGAGAAACAGGUGUCUAACGCUAUGGCAGAGGAGAUCCGGAGGCUGGCUGUGCUCGUGGACGACUUCCACUUGGACUUUCAUCCUUCACAAGUGGUCCUUAAAGUAUAUAAAAAUGAGCUCCACAAGCACAUAGAGGACGGUCUGGGCAGGAACAUGUCCGAGAGAUGCUCCACCGCGAUAACUGCAGCGCUGCAGAGCACGCAGACCGAAAUGAUAGAGGGCCUGAAGCCCCUGCUGCCCAUCGGGAUUCGAGAGCAGGUGGAUAAGAUGGUGCCCAGACAGUGCUUCGCCCUCAGCUACGACCUCAACUGUGACAAACUCUGCAGUGACUUCCAGGAAGACAUCGGCUUUCACUUCUCCCUGGGCUGGACCAUGCUGGUCAACCGCUUCCUGGGACCCAAAAACACACGGCGCGCUCUCAUGGGCUACAACGACCAGGUUCCCAGGCCUCUGGCCAUCACUCCGGUCAGCACCAGUAUGCCUCCUUUCCCUCAGGGAUCCAUGACCCAGGAAGAGCUUAUGGUUUCUAUGGUGACAGGAUUGGCCUCGCUCACCUCUCGGACGUCAAUGGGCAUUAUAGUCGUUGGCGGAGUGAUCUGGAAGGCCGUGGGCUGGAGGCUCAUCGCUCUCUCCGUGGGUCUCUAUGGGCUGCUGUACGUGUACGAGAGGCUCACCUGGACCACGAGGGCCAAAGAGAGAGCUUUUAAAAGACAGUUUGUGGACUACGCCAGCGAGAAGCUACAGCUCAUCGUCAGCUACACGGGAUCUAAUUGCAGUCAUCAGGUUCAGCAGGAGCUGGCCAGCACCUUCUCUCAGCUCUGUCAGCAGGUGGACGUGACCAGACAGCAGCUGGAGGAUGAAAUCCGGGAUCUGAACAGCAAGAUCGAACAGUUGGACGGCCUGCAGAGUAAAGCCAAGCUGCUCAGGAAUAAAGCAGGCUGGCUGGACAGUGAACUCAACAUGUUUACCCAGCAGUACCUUCAGCAGGGGCGAUAGAGAACCGCUAAUAUCCACUGCAGAUCACCUAACACCUAGCCAUCCUUUAAGCGUACUGCUCACCAAAUAUUUCUUUUUUUUUUUUUUUUUCUAUCAGUGUUUUGUUUGUUUUUUGCAUUCGAGACCGCAGCGUCGUGCCACUUUGAAGAGAGCUUCUUUUUGUUUUGUACACUUCGUUUCUUUUGUAUUUAAUACAGGGUAGUUAUUUAUUCUCGAGUUAAGAGGUCAUGUGGAGUGCUUGGCCUGCGUUUGUAUAGAUUCCUAGAGAGGUUUGUUAGCACGCCACGAGCGGGUUGCAGAAAGCGGGAGGUCUUCUAAAGGGGCUCUCGCGUGCCUUGUGACCAAUCUGACGGCGCUUCAGCUAAAUGUGGGAUUUGCUCUGCUGUGUUUGACACGCGUGAUGUUAUUUAAGCAUCUCCAUUCCACUCGGCGUGCGAGUCGAUCUGAGCAAGUCUAAAUAAUAACUUUUUUGUCACCCUGUUCCCAAGAUUUUAAUCUGGCUACAUUUAAAAAUCCAAUUGUUGUGAAUGAAAUCAGCAAUAUUUAAUAGUGCCUCUUCAGUUGUUUUUUUUUCCAUACCUGCUCUGUUUUAGUUUCAACUUGGGACAAAUUAACAUUAAUGUACUAUUAUUUAUAUACGAGUUGGGCAUAUGUAAACCUGGAUGCCAGUUACGCAUAGAAUUGCAUUCUACGUCUAUUUCAUCCGCAUCUGAUUGCAAUAAUCGGAUUGUAAAUGUGUGUGAUGCAUCACUAACCUGUUAGUCCCUGCAUAUGUACGAUCUAGUGAACGCCUAACCUGUUUUCGUUUGGAUUAUGACGCGUGCCAAGUGUUCGAGAACGUCUUCGGGAGAAGCUCUUGUGAUGUGCACUUUAUAUUUUGCUGCUUUUUUUUGCGUUUGUUUCCAGAAGAACCGUUAGAAAGAGAAAGGCACGGUGACCUGUCAGCAGUAAUGUAUAGAUGAGCAUGCAGACCGUUGUCAUUUAUUGUCAUUCACUAUUACUGUUUGAUGAAAUAAUAAAGUGACACUGUUGAAAAAUGAA